AUGGCCUCUGAUUCCGCAAUUUCAAUCGGCUCUAGUCCACAAGAUUCCAAUGACUCUGAUGCUACAAGUUUCAACAGAUCUGAUACUACACUUUCCAUGAUCUCAGAUCUUAGUCCUCCAGGUUUCAACGAGUCUGAUAUUGGACUUCCCAGGGUCUCAGAAUUGCUUCGUUCAGAUUCCGAUAGGUCUGAUUUUACACUUCCCGGGUUCUCAAACCCUCUGCCUUUCAAUAACUUCAGUACUCAGCUUCAAAACUAUCCCGAUCCUUUGAAUCACUCUGGUGUUACAGAUCAAAGAAAUCUUCGUCUUCCAAUAUCAGAUGGACACACACUUGACCCUGGCCCGCUGAUUCCCCCCAAACUGUUUCUCUCGCAACCAUGCCUUCACUGCAGUCGUGAUUUUCCUUCUGGUCCACCAUGCAGUGGAGUCGAGCCUUGCUUUGAAUGUGUCAAGUCAAACAAGUUCUGUUCUUUUCCAAGAAGUGCUUAUUUAGCUGAACCAGGUUUGAUUCUACAUUCACCCCUUACAAAUGUACUGGCUGCUGACAAUCAUAUUAAUCUGAAGAUCUCCUCUAUAUUCCGGUGUAUCUGCCUUAUUACCAGUAAGUCAAUUGCGCAUCUUAUCUGUGGUAAAAAUCAACUAACGCGAUUACGAUCGAUAGAUCUUGGGAGUGCAUGUAAUCAUCCUACAUCACACCCUGUACCUGAGCACGAACUGACAGAGCAAGUAGCUGCAGCAGUAAUUGCGAUUCCAUUGAUCCCGGACUACAUAAUUUUCCGGUAUUAUCUCCAAGGCAGGGUGGUAUGGGAUAAUGACUAUUUGUUAGUAAGAGACCUGAAGCGGGGAAAUGAUGAUUGUAUCGAAUUGCGUGCCUUCAAUUUGGAUGCAGGAAGUGAGUAUCAUGGAUGUAAGGUAGGAUGGUAUCAGAAGAAUGUAUGA